GCAGCCAUUUUGUGUCCUAACAGUGUGUCUGUGUGCAGGAACCUUCCAGCCAAGUCAGCAGAGGAGACCCAGAGACACAGACAGCAGUACGAGCAGAUGGUGGCCGGAGCUAAGAGGAGAGAGCUGAAGGAGGCUCAGAGGAGGCAGCAGCAGAAGGAGGAGCAGCUCAGACAGGAGGAGGAGAUCUCCAACACCUCGCUGGUCUGGAACCAGCACAUCCUGCCAAACUGGGACGCCAUGAGGUCUAGUCGUCGGGCUCGGGACCUGUGGUGGGGGGGUUUACCUCCCAGCGUCAGAGGGAGAGUCUGGAGCCUCGCCGUGGGCAACGAGCUGAACAUCACAGCAGAGCUGUAUGAGAUCUUCCUGUCCAGAGCGAAGGAGAAGUGGAGGAGCCUCAGUGAGACUGAAGACGGAGUGUCCUCCGGUCUGGAGCUCAUCUCUCGGGACGUCUCCAGGACUUUGUCUUCGCUCUGCGUCUUCCACAAGGGCGGUCCUUACCACGACCUGUUGCAAAGCAUUCUGGGAGCUUACACCUGUUACAAACCUGAUGUGGGAUAUGUGCAGGGUAUGUCUUCCAUGGCUGCCAUGUUGAUCCUGAACAUGGACGAGGUUCAAGUCUUCAUCAGCUUCUCAAACCUGAUCAACAGACCCUGUCAGCUGGCUUUCUACAGAGGAGACCACCAGCUGAUGCUCAGGUAUUUCGGGACCUUCCAGGUGUUCUUCCAGGAGACUCUUCCUCGUCUCUUCCUUCACUUCCAGUCUUCAGGUGUGACUCCAGACCUCUACCUCAUGGACUGGAUCCUGUCCCUCUACAUGAAGCCCCUCCCCCUGGACGUGGCCUGCAGAGUUUGGGACGUCUUCUUCCGGGACGGGGAGGAGUUCCUGUUCAGGACUGCUUUAGGGAUCCUGAGGCUCCACCAGGACGUCCUGCUGCACAUGGACCUGAUCAGCAUCGCUCAGUUCCUGUCCCGCCUCCCCAAUAAGGAGCUGCUCUCUGAUAGGCUGUUCUCCUGCAUCUUGGCCACGCCCAUGCUGAGCGGGAACAGGAAGUGGACUCAGGUUUUGUCAUCCUGCAGAGACUCAGAGAGGAGCAGCUGAUCUUCUUCUUAUUGUUUUAAUUAUUAUUAUUAUUGUUAUUAUUAUUAUUAUCAUUAUUACUUCAUCUACUCAACAUGAUGUCACUGUUCAUUAAUUGAUCUUUAUUUGUUUCUGUAAUAAAACAUUAAAAUAUGAA